AUUUAGUAGCCAACAAACUUGAGACCAACAAUAAUAUUUUGGUGUCACCGUUCACCACUAAUCUUUCUGCACAAAGUAAGAGAAGGGUAACAAGUAAAAGGGAGCGAGGCUAUGGCUGCCACAUCUGCUGCAGUACUAAAUGGAUUGGGCUCUCCCUUCUUGACUGGUGGAAAGAAAAGUCAGGCCCUGCUGGCUUCACCAACUGCAGCUAGAGUCGGUGGUGCUGCUGCUGUUGCUCCAAAGAGAUUAGUUGUGGUAGCUGCUCGUCCUCCCAAGAAGUCAUGGAUUCCUGGUGUUAGAACUGGUCCAGGCAUCCUUGACCCUGAGCAUCUCGAUGGCUCGCUCCCUGGUGACUACGGUUUUGAUCCACUUGGUCUUGGCAAGGAUCCAGCAUUCUUGAAAUGGUAUAGAGAAGCUGAGCUCAUUCAUGGCAGAUGGGCAAUGACUGCGGUUGUUGGAAUCUUUGUUGGCCAGGCAUGGAGUGGUAUCCCAUGGUUUCAAGCUGGCGCUGACCCUGGUGCCAUUGCACCCUUCUCCUUUGGUUCGCUCCUCGGUACUCAACUCCUACUCAUGGGGUGGGUUGAGAGCAAAAGAUGGGUUGAUUUUUUCAACCCUGACUCACAAUCUGUAGAAUGGGCCACACCAUGGUCUAGAACUGCUGAAAACUUCGCAAAUGCUACUGGUGAACAAGGCUAUCCUGGCGGAAAAUUCUUCGACCCACUGGGAGUUGCUGGAACACUCAGGGAUGGAGUUUACAUUCCUGACAAUGAGAAGCUUGAGAGACUAAAGUUAGCAGAGAUUAAGCACGCAAGACUUGCUAUGGUAGCUAUGCUAAUUUUCUACUUUGAGGCAGGCCAAGGAAAGACACCCCUUGGGGCUAUUGGUUUGUCAGCUGUAUAAUUCCAACGACGAUGUAAAAACUGAUUGCCUGUAGAAAGAAGAAAUCAGAGCAGAGUUCCUCCACGAUAAUUCAA